GAUUCUUAUUAUUCUGCUUUCUGUACCAUACCAUUAAAAACCCUAAUUAGUCCCGUUAUUCGUUUUCUUUCGCUCUAAAGUUUUUCUCUCUACGAACUUCCUAAGCCCUAGCUUCCGUUCCCUCUCUCCUCCAUCAUUUCUCUUUCAUGGCAACGGCGCGAGAAGAGGCCAAUCCGUAUGACGGUGGAUUGGGGGCCGGGGGAAAGUUUCGGAAGCGGCCGUUUCGAAGGGGGCAAUCGACGCCAUACGAUCGGCCGCCGACUGGCCUAAGAAACCCUAGCAAUAGCAAUCGCAAUAAUGGCUGGUUAUCGAAAUUGAUGGAUCCGGCGCAGAGGCUCAUAACUUCAAGCGCUCACAGGUUAUUCGCUUCUGUUUUCCGGAAACAGCUACCUCCUCCUCCUCCUCCGCAGCCACCAGAGACAGAGGCAAAUGCAAAAAUGACGGCUGAAGACCAUCAACAAGAUUCUCCUCCUGCGCAGAAUCCAUCCAUCAUUAAGGAAGGAGAUAGCAAUGUGUGUGAUAAUCCAUGUAAUAGUUCUGAUGGAGAUGGAUUUAUUGAACUGGAACAAAUAUUAAGGCAGAAGACUUUUACAAGAUCUGAGAUUAAUCGACUAACCAGUUUACUGCAUUCAAGAACUAUUGAUGCAUCUUAUGGAAAUGAGGAGAAGAUAUCAGAAGUGAUCCCGUUAAAGUCUUUGGCAUCUAAAGAAAGAAAGGAAGAGUUACCUAACACACCUAUUCGGGAAAAUGGGACACAGGGACACCUUAUAUCUACACCUUUUAUCAGUUCAAGUGUUCUUGAUGAGGAUAUUGCUUCACCUGCAGAGCUUGCAAAAGCUUACAUGGGCAGUAGGCCUUCAAAAGUAUCGCCUUCAAUGGCAGGUAUAAGCAGUCAAAGUGAAGCUUCAAAUAUGUUCGGUAAUAGAAUUCCACCAAAAACACCAAUUAUGUCACUUGUGCCAAGGUCGUCUAGUCGUGUUCAGGUUUCUGAAAAUGGUUUUACUACUCCAAGAUACAGAGGCAGAUCUGCUCUAUACAAUAUGGCUAGAACACCAUAUUCCAGGGAUGGCUUAACUGCUACUACUAGGGGUGCUAGGCCCACAGGUGAAGUUUUUGGUAGGCUGUCAUCAUCAUCUCAAAGUACAUGGGAGAAAAACAGAGUUUCAGGAUCAAAACAAGGGACUCUAAAACGUGGGAGUUCAGUCUUAGAAAAUGACAUAGGCUCUGUAGGCCCUAUUCGUAGGAUUCGUCAGAAAGCUGGCCUUCUUUCUCCUAAGCACUUGAGUUUAGCUGUCUCUGGACGUCCACCUUCUGUUGAUGCAAUUGGAAUUGAUUUCAAUGCUGAGCAUAAUUCAUUAUCCACAAAGAAGCUGCUUACAGCAGAUCAUUGUUUUGCAAAAACAUCUGCAGACAAUGCAGAAAGCAGCAUUCGUAGUACAAGUUUGACUCCUGUUCCCUCCAAGUCCAGCGAGAUGGCUGCCAAAAUAUUACAGCAACUUGAUAAAUUGGUCUCAUCAAAGGAUAAAUCACCUUCUAAGUUGUCACCAUCCAUGCUACGUGGACCAGCUCUUAGAAGCCUGGAGAAUGUUGAUUCUUCUAAGUUUCUGGUGAAUCUACAGGAUGAUAUGAAGUCAAGUGCUCCACUAGAUAUUUUGCCCCCUAAUACCUGGGAAUUGACUUCCCAAAAGCAGGAUGUCAUUGAAGAAAAUGCCCGGGAAAAUUUCUCUAUUUCCAAUAAUAAGUCUGGCUCGGUUGUGAAUGGUGCAGUUAUUACAGGUUUCACAAAAGCUGUUGUGCCUAGUGCAACAGCUACAGGUUCACCAGGUGUGAACUCUUGUAUGGACCCCCCUUCACAAAGUAAAAGAGCCUUUCGGAUGAGUGCACAUGAGGAUUAUGUGGAGCUAGAUGAUGACGAGUAUUCUAAUAAAGCUGUAUCAGCUCCCCUUGCUGUAUCUCCUCUGUCUGAAAUCAAGCCUCUAGCAAGUUCUACUUUUAAUAAUAAAGUUGAGAAUGAAGCUUCUGAUCAGAAUUUGAAUGCUGGAAGGAGCACUGAGAUUGUCUCGUUGCCUGCAUCAGGUGGCAUUGCUGUUCAGCAAUCUGUGGUAGUCACUGAAUCCCCCCCAAUUGGUACUCCUACUUCUGAAAAGGAAUCUAGUGCUGCUCCUGCUAUAUCUAGCUUUGGGGAGAAAAUUCCUCUAUUUGGGGAUCUAAAAGUUGGUUCUUCCACAUUUAUUUUGGCUCAAAAAAUGUUGAUGAGGCUCAACAGUUUACUAAUGCCCCUGCAUCUUCAGCUGCUAGUGAAUCUUUGGGUGCAAAAUUUGGUGUUUCGUCAGAUUCAAACCCAGCAAAACCAAGCAGCAUUUUAGCUGAUUCCUUGACUAGAGCAUCUGAAUCAAACAAGAGUGUUGAUAAUGAUGUUUCGAAAGAAGGAUUGUCUUCUGCUGCUGCAUCCUCAGCAAUAACUGGGGGUAUAUUUCCCUUUGGUACUGCUACC